UCAACUUUGUACCGUCGUCACUGGCCUCUCGCGUGUUUACGGUGGGGUCCUUUUCCCUACAGAAGAAGGAGCAGCACUCGCGAUCCGAGCCCGACCACCAUCGCGGCACCACCACCACCUCCUCCUCCUCCUCCUCCUCCUCCUCUCUCGCUCACCGUCAGGAAACCCUCGGCGAAAUCCUUACAGUUUCGUCGGAGAGCAACGCCGGGGAUCAACACAAAGGUGCAAUUCUCUUUUCUCGAGCAAGCGAUGCAGGUCAUGGAAGGACCCAGCGGUCGACAGAGGAAACCAAGAAGACCCGCCCUCACUCUCAACUCCCAGGAUGUGACGGGAGAUACUACCAUGGACGCAAUUGAAGGAAUGGACGAUGAUGAAUUGAUCGAUGAUAGUGUUGGAGAUGAAUUUGACGACAGAGUACCUGAGGUGGGCAUGGUGUUCAAGAAUCAUCAAGAGGUAUCAAAGUUCUACAAGAGAUAUGCUCGCCGGGUGGGGUUUGGCAUCGCUAUAAGACGAUCUGCCUUUACGGAAGACGGACACUGCUUGUACUUAGAAUUGAUGUGCUGCAAAGGUGGCCGGAAGCGACCAGAGCCCAAGUACAGGAAGCGCAACUCAGCAAAAACGAAUUGCCCUGCAAGGAUUAAAGUUAAGCUCUGGGGUGAUGGGAUGCUUCACUUGGUUGUGGCUAACAUUGACCACAACCACCCAGUUAGCCCCUCCAUGGCAAGGUUCUUGACUUGUUAUAGGCAGCUGUCAGGUGCUGCCAAGAAGCGAGCUGAUCGAAACAAAGGAGAGAUAGAUGAACCAAGAUCGCCGCCAACUAUGCCGCUUGAUAGAUUAAGUGCGCUUGAAGAAUUACUCUUUAGUGAGAGCCAGCAUAGGAGUUUUGUUGAAAGAGGUAGAUUGAAGCUUGGGGAAGGGGAUGCUGAAGCCCUUCGCCUUUUUUUCACUCGAAUGCAAGCGAAGAAUAUUAAUUUCUUCAAUGUCGUGGAUUUGGAUGAGGAGGGGCAUGUGAGAAAUGUCUUCUGGGCAGAUGCACGGUCAAGAGCUGCAUAUCAAUAUUACAAUGACGUUGUCAUGCUUGAUACCACAUAUGUGACGAACAAAUAUGAUCUACCUCUUGCUACAUUUGUUGGGGUGAACCAUCAUGGCCAGUUGGUCUUACUGGGUUGCAGCUUGCUAUCAGAUGAGACCAUGGAGACAUAUGUAUGGUUGUUUAAGGCAUGGAUAGCAUGUAUGUAUGGGGAGUUCCCCAAGGCCCUUAUUACGGAUCAUUUUAAGGCCAUUCAGAGUGCUGUGGGUCAAGUUCUCCCCAAUGUUCGCCAUCGCUUGUGCCUGUCACAGAUACUGAAAAGGGUACCUGAAAAAUUAGGUGGCUCAGCAGAUUAUAGAUCCAUUAAUAAGGCAUUGCAAAAGGCUGUUUAUGAUUCCUUAACAGUUGAUGAGUUUGAAGAAGAUUGGACAAGGAUGGUUGACAUAUAUGGUCUUCAAGGCAAUGAAUGGAUCAGAUCAUUGUAUGAAUUCCGGCUUUCUUGGGUCCCUGUAUAUUUGAAAGAUACAUUCUGGGCUGGCAUGUCUACCACCCAGCGAAAUGAGACUAUAGUUGCAUUUUUUGAUGGGCAUGUUGAAACAAAGACUUCCUUGAAGCAAUUUCUUGGUAAAUACGAGAUGGCGUUGCUGGAUAAAUAUGAAAAGGAAGCCCAAGCAGAUUUUGAGACAUUUCACAAGAGGCGACCUUCUGUGUCUAAGUUUUACAUGGAAGAACAAAUUUCUAGAGUCUUCACACUUAAUAUGUUUAAGAAGUUUCAGGAUGAGAUUGAGGCCAUAAUGUACUGUCAUGCAUCUCUGCUCAAGGUAGAUGGACCCAUAUCUACUUUUGAUGUCAGGGAAUGUAUUUUUCUUGAUGAUGGCAAGAGAACAAUGAACAAGAACCAUGGGGUUUUAUACAACACAGAAGAGAAGGAGAUUCAGUGCAUAUGUGGUUCAUUUCAGUUUAGAGGGAUCCUAUGCAGGCAUGCUUUGUCUGUACUCAAGUUGCAACAAGUGCAUGAAAUUCCAUUGCGGUAUGUCAUUAACCGGUGGAAAAAAGACUUUAAGCAAUUGCAUGCUCUUGCUCAGUCUUCGGAUGAUGUCAUUGCUAAUAACAGAAUUGAUCGAUAUGAUUACUUAUCAAUGCGAUGUCUUCAGCUUGUUGAAGUAGGAAUGUUGUCAGAUAAAUACCAACUAGCUCUUAGAUUGAUAAAAGAGAUGGAGAAGUUUCUUCUAAGUGACAACACAUAUGAUGAUACACAGCCUAAGAUUAAGCCUCGAAUUCCUAAAGCAAAUAGAUUGAUCCAAAAUCGCAAGCUAAAUGUUGGAACUAGCAUGGCAUCUGGAAAUGGAAAUGCAGUACAGCAGCUUGGUGGUUUUGUGCAAUUAAAUGAGGGCCAUCCUUCUCUAGGAAUCACAAAGGCUACUGAGUUUCAAGUUCUUCCAACUCCAUAUCUUGCCACCCAAAGCAGGCCCCAACCAAAUAUAAAAUCCACGGAAGGUGGAAACCCAGCUGUCUUGCCUCGGAAUCAAUUUGGCAUGCCACUGAAUGGAAACCAAGCAACAGUACGACCAGGCAUUGUGUAUAUGUUCCCAGGUGGAUUUGACCCACAGACAUUUGGAAAUGGACCUUUGAUGCCAUGGAUAUACCAGCCAGUGCUCCAAGCUACUCAGAACCCAAAGGAUCCUCUGGCACCAGGUCCCCCCAAAAGGAGACGGAAGAUAUUCCGUGAUCAAAAGCCUGUUGAAUCUACUCAAGAUCCAAAAGAACCUCCUGUCGCAUCAACUGGUUAAUGGGAACAACACCAAACUGCACAUCUAACCCAAGGAUGGUAAAGAAGCAGGUCGGAGCAGAGCACACAAAGAUAUCGGUUGAGAUUGCUGUGCAGAACAAUGCAUUCCAGGAUGCAAGGCAUAGCAGAGCGUUUCCCAUUCUACAAUCUGCAAUACCAUUUCCUCUCUGAUGCUUCUUUGCAAUUGAUUUUGUGAAGGAUUAAGCCUUUCAACAUUUGGCCAUAUGCGAGUCUUGUUUGCUAAAUUUGCCCCUUCCAACUUAUCAAUUGCAUGCUUCAGCCAACUCUCUGUAAUUUAACCUUGGUAAUGGGAGUAUAUAAGUGGCCUAGCCUGCAGUUAUACAAAUCUUAUUUGGCUACUUGGGCACCCUCAAUGAUGUAUUUUGAAGACGUUAGUAUUUUCUGGCUCUGUGGCUUGAUUUCUUGUAAUGAUAACAUUAUUAUUUGUAAAUAACAAGUUUCGUAAUCAAAAACCUCUGGUUCGAAUUA